AUGCUCGACACAGGCAAAAGUUCCACCGGAAAAGUGAGUGAAGAAGAGGAAGAUUACCAUGAACGAAGCAUAAACAAAAUCAAGGACAUGACUCAAGCCACAGAUCUGGGAUCUAAACCAGACUGGAAGAUACAAGAACCCUUUGGGACACUGAAAAAAGCUAUGUCCAGCGGCACAAUCGAAGGACCACCAAGGAGAAUGGUGUUAAAGACCCACCCAAGGAGACAACCUACUAAUCUGGGGUGCGGGGAUUACGAUGAAUGGACGCCUGACCGCCGAAGAACACAACAGUCUACCGAAGAGCAGUUCGGCCCCCACUUGAGAGCAGAUGAACAGUCGACAAGAAUGCCUAACCAGCGGAUCGAGCAAGUAGCAAUAAAGUACGUGGAGAGAUACCCAAAUGCAUCAGAGAAGAGGAUUGCACUAAGUAGGAAGAUGGUAAGGGGCUGUCCAAAAAUGGAGAAGUUGGGGUUAGUUCCAGAAUGGGCAGAAUUAGGGGGGAUCCCAAUUGAGACAAUAGCUCUAAGCCCAGUAAAUAAAGUGCUCUAG